UGCUGGUCUGGAUGUAUUGAUGGUACAGUUGAGUAGGAUCGAGAUUUCCGGUGAAGUGAGAGCAGCACACACCCCAGUGAAUCCGUUCAGUGAAGGAGUCACGUAGCUAUAUGAGCUGGUGAAUGGAGUUGACUGAUGACCCAUCUUGCCAACCACCAAUGAGUACUAGCUGUCCACAGAGAGUGGCAGCUGUUGACCAUUCCACUGGUAGAGAAGGGAGAGGUUCCCAGGAUAAGGUGAGGGGUGAUGUGAUUGGUUGAUCACUGGAUGGUAGGGGCUGCAAGAG